AUGCAGCCAGCUCUGCGAUUGCCUGUGCCGUCCCGCAGCCUCCUUCGCUUCCUGAAGUCGCAGUCCAAUGUCGCUUUCUUGGCCCCCAGCAGCGCAAACAGCUUGGUAGCUGCCGGCAGUCGACUUUGUCGACGAGGCAGAACGCCAGAAGGUCUGAACUCUGUGGGCGUCAGAUCACCGACGACGUCGAGGGGCCAGCGCCAUGUCGGCUCCCGUCUCUGUGCAGUCACGUAUCCUUGUCGAGACGCACCGCCGGCAAAAUUGGCCAAGCUGGGAUUUUGCACCACGGCAGCGAGGCGCGAGUUGUUCGAGCCGAAGCCAGACAGCGAACCAACGUGGCAGCAGAAGCUUUGGGGGAAGAGCGUUCAAAAGGGACCCAAGUUGCUCAAACCAGACGACCUCCCAGCCCCCGACGAGUUUGAGCACGGCUCGUCCAUGUUCACCAAUCGCCGGACUUUGGCAGCCAAGGCAGCUCUGGAGCCUCGUCUACGAUGUACCGAAGUCGACGAGAACGGCAAGGUCAUCCUCGUGGAUGGGGAGUUUAAGAAGACGGAGCUAAUUGCAAAGUUUGGGCUUAACCCCCGAGAUCUUCGAAAAAUCGACUCCUCCAACCUGCCGCACAUCCUCAUCCGACCCUCGGCUAUUCUCCUCAAUCUUUUGCACUUGAAGGUUCUAAUCAAGCACGAUCGGGUCCUCCUCUUCGACGUAUACGGGUCAAAGACAUCCUAUCCGCAGUCCGCAUUCAUGUAUGACUUGCAGGGGAAAUUACAGCAAAAGACGACGCAAGGCGCCAGCAGCAGCCUUCCCUACGAGUUCCGUGCCCUAGAAGCCGUGCUGACGUCGGUGACGUCGGAAAUGGAAGCCGAUUUCGAGGCGGUGCGAGAGCCGGUGAUGCGCAUCCUCAGCGAACUGGAGGACGACAUCGACCGAGACAAGCUGCGGAUACUCCUCAUCUUGUCGAAGCGAGUGAGCACGUUUGAGCAAAAGGCCAAGCUGGUCCGAGACGCUAUCGAGGAGCUCCUCGAGGCGGACGACGAUCUGGCGGCCAUGUAUUUGACGGAGAAGACGCACGAUUUGUACAGGGGCCUGGACGAUCACACCGAGGUGGAAAUGCUGCUCGAGUCGUACCACAAGCUGACGGAUGAAAUCGUGCAAGAGGCGGGCAACCUGGUGUCUGGAAUCAGGAACACGGAGGAGAUCGUUCGUGCCAUUCUUGACGCCAACCGCAACUCGCUCAUGUUGCUGGACCUCAAGUUCAGCGUUGGGACCCUCGGACUCGCCAUGGGCACCUUCCUGGCCGGCCUGUACGGCAUGAACUUGGAGAACUUCAUCGAGGAAACAAACUGGGGCUUCGGGGCCGUGACGGGCAUGUCGACGUUGGCGUCCAUCAUGGUGUGCGGGUACGGCCUGAUCAAGCUGCGCAAGGUGCAGCGCAUCAAGAUGAUGCGCAACGAGCGGCCGCACGUUCCUCGCAGCAGCCAGUACCCGUACCAAUACCAGUACCACGACGACAGCGCACUCGGUCUUCUCGACUCUAGAAACAGAGAGAUGCUCCGUCGGGCGCACAUGCAGAAGGCCAUGGCGGCGCGGAGAAGCUGGCUUCCGUUCUGGAAGGCCUAG